AUGACCUCCAUGUCGAUCGCAACUCCCGCCGUCGGGCUGUCGGCUCAGGGAGCCGUCAGCAAGAAGGCCAACCAGGUCAGCUUCCUCAGCGGCAGCUCCCUCGUUUCCUCCCUGGAGAGCAAGCCGGUUGUCCGCGUGGCUCAGCCCGCUAAGACCGCCGUGCGCGCCAGCGUUGCUGCCGCUGCUCCCAAGAAGAAGGAGCACCGCAAGAACGAGGAGGGUGUGCAGGUCAACCUGUUCAAGCCCAAGACGCCGUACAUUGGCCGGUGCCUGCUCAACACUAAGAUUGUUGGCGAUGACGCUCCCGGCGAGACCUGGCACAUGGUGUUCAGCACUGAGGGCAAGAUUCCCUACAGAGAAGGUCAAUCCAUCGGCGUUGUCCCCCCUGGCCUUGACAAGAGGGGCAACCCCGAGAAGCUCCGCCUCUACUCCAUUGCCAGCAGUGCUCCCGGUGACUUCGGUGACUACAAGACGGUGUCCCUGUGCGUGAAGCGCCUCGUGUACGUCAACGACAAGGGCGAGACUGUCAAGGGUGUCUGCUCAAACUUCCUGUGCGACCUGAAGCCCGGGGAUGAGGUUAAGAUCACUGGCCCGGUCGGCAAGGAGAUGCUCAUGCCCAUUGACCAGAACGCCACCAUCAUUAUGCUUGGCACUGGUACUGGCAUUGCUCCCUUCCGCAGCUUCUUGUGGCGCAUGUUCUUCGAGAAGCACGACGACUACAAGUUCACCGGUCUCGCCUGGCUGUUCCUUGGUGUGCCAACCAGCAGCUCGCUUCUCUACCGCGAGGAGUUUGAGAAGAUGAAGGAGAAGUUCCCCAAGAACUUCCGCCUGGACUUCGCUGUCAGCCGCGAGCAGACCAACGCCAAGGGCGAGAAGAUGUACAUUCAGACGCGCAUGGCUGAGUACGCCAACGAGUUGUGGAGCCUGUUCAAGAAGGAUAACACCUACACCUACAUGUGCGGACUCAAGGGCAUGGAGAAGGGUAUUGAUGAGAUCAUGACCUCCCUGGCAGAGAAGGAUGGCAUCAACUGGCUAGAGUACAAGAAGCAAUUGAAGAAGAACGAGCAGUGGAACAGCCGAUCAGCCUCUUCAUUCAGCUUUGCUGCAUCCUCCAUGGCUCGAAUCGAGGCAUCGUGGCAGGAGAUCACACAGCGCGAGGGAGAGCCCAAAGCGCGCAGCUCGCACGCCAUAGCGGUCGUCGGGAACAAGAUGUUUGUAUUUGGGGGGGAGUUUGAGCCGCGAGUGCCAAUCGGCAACGACGUGCAUGUGAUGGACCUCACCACCCGAGAAUGGACUAUUGCUGAAGCAUCUGGUGACAUCCCAUCCCCUCGCAUCGGCAUCACGAUUGUAGCACUGGGUUCGACCCUGUAUGUGUUCGGCGGGAGAGACGGUGAUAAGAACGAGCUGAGCGACUUUUACUCCUUCGAUACAGUCACGGGGGAGUGGAGGCUGCUGACCACUGGGGAGAAGUCCCCCCCUGGCAGGAGCUACCACACCAUGGCAGCAGACCCCCAUCGCUCCCAAAUCUACAUCUUCGGCGGCUGUGGCACCACCGGCCGAUUCAACGACCUCUGGGCCUACCCUGUCGCUCCCAGUCACACCAACACAUGGCGGCAGCUGCCCUCCCCUCCCCCUUCCAGUGCCUGUGUGCCCCGGGGUGGGCCUGGGCUGGCAGUGGCAGGGGACGCAGUGUGGGUGCUGUUUGGAUUUUCCGGGAAGCACGAGCUUGGGGACGUGCAUAGGUUUGAUCUAGGGAAGGAGACUUGGGAGGAGGUGGAAUUUCCCGCCGCUACUGCUGGUGCAGAUGCGGCUGAUAAUGGGGAUGUAAUCAAGCCCAUUCCGCGGAGUGUUUUUGGCGCAGUGACCGUCUCUCUCCCUGCUGCUACCGAGUCUGCUUGUAAGGAGUACAUAGUGGUGUAUGGUGGUGAGGUGGACCCAUCAGAUCUAGGCCAUUUGGGGGCAGGGAAAUUCUCCAAAGAUCUCUUCCUAUUGGACGUGGAGGAAAGGAAGUGGCUUCGGCCGGUGUCGCUCGUCUCUUCUGGCGGGGACCCGGGAGCGCGUGGCUGGUUCCCUGUUGCUCCUUUGGGUGCUGCUUCUUCUGCUGAUGGUGCUGCUAAGCUGGCUGCUGGUAUGGUGGUGUAUGGAGGCAACUCAGAGAGCAACGACCGUUUGGAUGAUGUGUUUGUGCUCAGGCUGACCGUGGCUUGA